AUGAAUAAUGCAACAAUUAUUGAUGUAGAGAAUAUUGAACCAGAACUCUUUCAUCCAACAUAUCCUGGCCAAUAAUUGAAUAAUAAUUUUAUUUGCGUUAUCUGCUAAUCUGUAGUAAAUGAUCCACUUAUUUGUAAUAGAUGUGAAAAUGUUUUUUGCAAAAAAUGUCUGCUUUUAUUUUCACCUUAGCUUAAUAAAUGCCCUAUGAGAUGCCAAAUGCCUUAGUUCGGAAAGCCAAUCAGAUUUUUUAAUCAAAACCUAUAAGAAUUAAAGUUUAAGUGCAAGUAUUAUCAUACAUGCAAGCAAGUAGUAACAUAUAAAAAUUAUUAACAGCAUUUAAGAGAAUGUCUUGCAGAAUCUUAGCCUUGUACUCAUAGAAAAUGUGUAGCUAUUUGUAGAGAGUAUCAAAUGAAUAAUUGCUCUGAAGUUAUCAAACAUUUGGAGAAGCUAUGUAGAGAGUAAGUGGCUGAGAUUGAAGAGCUGAAACAACAACAAACUCCAAAUCAAUAAUUCUAAAGACUUCCACAAGUUGAAAGGAAACCUAGAAGAGAUAUCAAACAUGCAAGACAAAAUACAAUAGAAGGCAAUCAUUCUAAAGUAAAAUUAAAUGAGAAUCUUAAUAAGGUAAACUAAGAAGUACCAUAAAAAAAGGUCAAUAAUUAUUUUGACAUCUCUCAAGAAUUACUGAAUCCAGAGGAAGAAGAUAAGGAGGAAGAAAAAGUAGCAGAGAUGGAUAAAAUUACUCCAAGCAGAUAUCAAAGAGCUCCAAAAGCUUAAUUGCCAGGUGGAUUGCACAUCAGAGAGCGAGGUUAGAGGCCAUUGUCUGGAAAUAUUAGAGCAAAUAAAGCUUAAAUUGAAAAAUAGGGAACACCAGUGCGCAAAGCUAUUAAUGAAAAUGAUUUCAUUUCAGCUAAUCCAAACUAGAAUUCAGAUCCAUUCAACAAAAUACAAAGGAUAUAUAUGAACUAAUAAAAGGCAUAGCCAAAGCCACCACAGAAAUAACCAGAGAAAAAUUAAAUGAUUGGAUAGCCAAAUAAAAAUUAAAACUAAAUUUAGUUAAAGGAAGUACAAAAGAGAUAAGUAAUUGGAAGUAAGGUGAGAGGUAAGAAUUAAGCUGGUGGUAUAAAAGGCUUUUAGGAGGAAAAUAAAUUAAUAGAUUUUAAUUUUUGA